AUGGUCAAUCUGCUCUCUGUGCUUGUUGUUUUAUUCUGCUUUCUUUUAAUUUCAUCACAAUGCAUCUCACAAGAUAUUCCUCCCUAUCAAACUGGAUUUUUCACACAACGAUUAGAUCACUUUGAUUUUACCAACAUUGCAACCUUUCCCCAACGUUAUUUUGUUUGCGACCUCUAUGUAAAGCAUUCUACUCGUUCCUCCGUAAUUGUAGAUGAUAACAACUUAAUACAGAUUGAUCCUUUCAUUCCAAUCAUUGCAUAUCCAGGAAAUGAAGGUGCUUUGGAAGAGUUUUACGAAAAUACAGGGCUUGUGUUUGAGUUGGCCAAAUAUUAUGGAGCUCUUGUAAUAUUUAUUGAACAUCGUUUUUAUGGAAAGACCAUUCCACCAAAUCAAGAUCCUCAAAGGUAUCUCACCAUUGAGCAAGCAACUCAUGAUUUGGCUGUGUUUUUCACUGAAAACUUUGGAUUGGACGAAAAGAGAAAGAAUCCAAUAAUUCUUGUUGGAGGUUCUUAUGGUGGAGAUUUAGCUGCUUGGAUGAGAUUUAAAUUUCCACACUUGAUUGAUGGCUCAAUAGCAGCCAGUGCUCCUAUUCUAUUCUUCAAUGGCAUCACUCCUCCAUAUCUUGCUGCUCAAAUUGCAACUGAGGCUUACAGAAAUUUAACAAACUUUCAAAUUUAUCCUAAAAUGACUUGUGACAGUGCAGUUAAAAAAGGAUUUGAAUUCUUGUCUAAAUACUUUGAAAGUACAACAUCUAAAGAGCAACUACAAAUGCUCUCAAGAAAAUUCAGACUCUGUAAUGAAAUGAAAUCAAAUUUGGAGGUCAAAGUGUUGGCUUCUUACAUUGCAUUUUCAUUUGAAGUAUUGGCUCAAGCCAACUAUCCCUAUCCAACCAACUUUUUUAACAAUUUGCCUGCUUGGCCAGUGAAUGGAUUAUGUACUUCAAUAGCUAAGCAUUUGGCCACCUCUCCAAAUUUAGAGAGUGAAGAUUUGUAUUUUACAAUUCUAUUUGAUGGUGUCAAUCUUUUCCAAAACUACACUGGCGACAAAUCUUGUUUCAAUACUAGCAAUUUGGGUGGAGGAUUACAAUGGAACUCCUGGUCUCUUCAGCUUUGUAAUGAAAUGAUCAUUCCAUCAGGUUUUUAUCCUAGCACAGACAUGUUCUUCUCCAAUCCUUACAAUUUGAAAGUCCAAAUGAAGGCCUGUAUGAGCAAGUACAAAUUCAAUCCACAACCGUAUUGGUUGGCAACCUAUUUUGGAGGGAAAAGAGCAUUGACAGAACAUUCCAAUAUAAUAUUCUCAAACGGUCAGUAUGAUGCAGUGAGAGCUGGAAGUGUUGAAAAGGGAAUGAAAACAUCUCCAUCCAUAAUUCCAAUCUUCAUUGAACAAGGAGGUCACCAUUUGGAUAUAAGAUGGUCAAAUCCAAAUGAUCCACAAUCUGUAAAAAUUGCAAGAGAAAUUGAAUUUAAAUAUGUUGGCAUUUGGAUUCAAAAGUUUUUAAAUUCCCUCAAUUAG